AAUCAAAUCACUUGCUAUAAAGAUUCGUCUAGCAUCACACUUAAAGAUUCAGUUGAAUUUUAGAUACAUUCGCAGUAACAACACGAAACUAAAAAAUGUGGCCGGCUUUGUGUUUUAACAAAAUUUUCUCAAUCAUCGUUAUUGUAAUCAUCAGCAGCUGUUUCAAAUUCUCAUACCAGCAAGAUUUUCCAUUUAAUCCCUUUGAACCUUUUCCCAAUUUCCAAAGGCCUCUGAGACAGAACAAUUUCAAUACCCAAAGCGGUUUAAACAAUCAAAAUUGGCUAAGUCCUGGCCAACAGCUGGUGUUUGCCACCACCACUUCUAGUCCCCAAGAUAACUCGGUGGUUUUCGUCAAUAAUCAGCCAGCUGUGCCCACCAUGGUGCCAUUUAUACCAGCAGCUACCACUCCCACGCCUCAGUUCCUGGACUGUUUUAGUAGAUGUCCCACCACUUCCGAGUUCAAUCCAAUUUGUGCCAGCAAUCGCGAGCAGUAUGGCAACGAACAGAAAUUCAAUUGUGCCCGACAAUGUGGAGCAGCCAUUGAAAUUGUACGACGAGGAAGCUGUGAGGGACUAUUUGCCAUGGCUAGAGGAUAAACAAUUGGAAUCAAAAUUUAUUUAUGACUUAACCAGACAAUGUGCAUUUGGUUCUUAGUUUUAAGAGGCGUUUUUUUAAUCAAAAUUAAUUACAUUUGUAUACAAAUAUUUAUUAAAUUUAAACAAAACAAAAAUAAACAAUUCUUUUAGGAAAAACAAACAGACAAAA